CUCCUCUCUCUCCCACUCCGUCUGAUCGUCCAACUCCCCUACGCCCUCGCAACGGCGGUCCCUACUUCCCUUCUCUCUUUCAUAAAGCCCACGGCUUCCCAACGCUCAAAACCUUCCCAUCUCUCUUCAUCCACCUCCCUCUCCCCACUCCAAGUACAAAGCACAUACACUGACAUACCCUCCUUCAACGCUCUCAUGUGAGCUAGAGAAGAAGAAGCUAGAAAACCUUUCCACAAGUAAUAGAAGAGGGAACAAAAAGAGGAGGAGAGGAAUAGAUUGUGAAUAACGAGGAGAAUGGCUUAUAUGUGUGCCGAUAGCGGCAAUCUGAUGGCAAUCGCCCAGCAAGUCAUCCAGCAGAAGCAGCAACAACAGCAACAACGGCAGCAGCAGCAGCAGGGCAUCGCCACCUCCGUUAACCCCUUCUCCGUUAACCCCCAGCCGUGGGGACCCAACCACCACCACCAGCCCCCCAUCCCCGACAACUUCCCCUUCGUCCUCCCCGACUCCGCCGACUUCCACGACCCCUUCGCCCCCGACUCCGGCCCCAGUUCAGUCCUUGGGUUCCAUCCCUCGGUCCACCUGGACCAUGGCCCGUUCCGGCUCUCCGACUUCGGCUCAUCCGCCUCUGCCGCCGCCGCGGUGGUGUCGGUGGCGGGGGACUUCGACUCGGACGAGUGGAUGGAGAGCUUGAUUGGGGAGUCGCCAGCGGAGAGCUCCCAUUUGAUGACCGACGCCUGGCAGGGCGGUGGGGCGGCCACUGCGGCGGUAGAAAUCCCGCCCCUCUUCGCCGACACCUUCGCCUCCUGCUCCGCCGUCAUCACCGUCCCCUCCCCUGCCUCCACCUCGGAUCUCAACCGCGUCGUCUUCUCCGACGCAGCCAACAUCUCCACUCCAGCUCUGGUUCAUCAUCAGACGGUGACCAUUCAUUCCCAAAAUCCGGCGCCGCCGCCGCAGAAGGUUCCGGUCCAAACCGUUGCCUCCCCUGCCUCCACCUUCGAUCCGCCAAAAAAGAUGAACGACGCCGGCAGCGGGGCCGAAGUAGUCAGAGAUCCGGCGGUGGCGGGCAAACCCCCUUCUCCGCCCCCGCCACUGCUCCAAGCCCUCCUCGACUGUGCCCGGAUCGCCGACUCCAAUCCGGAUCUGGCCGCCAAGUCCCUGGACAAGAUCCGGGAGUCCGCGUCUGACCUUGGCGAUCCGACGGAGCGGGUCGCCUUCUACUUCGCGGAGGCCCUCUACAGCCGCAUCUCCGUUGCCGAUGGAGAUCCUUAUCGAAAGGAUCCCUCUUCGCCGCCGCCAUCUGCCACCUCCUACGAUUCCUCGACGGAGGACUUCACCCUCUGCUACAAAGCCUUCAACGACGCGUGCCCGUACUCGAAGUUCGCCCACCUCACGGCGAAUCAGGCGAUCCUGGAGGCCACCGAGUCGGCGUCCCGGAUCCACAUCAUCGACUUCGGGAUCAUCCAGGGGGUCCAGUGGGCGGCGCUCCUCCAGGCCCUCGCCACCCGCCCCGCCGGAAAACCGGCCAAGAUCCGGAUCUCCGGCAUCCCCGCACCGGCGCUCGGAGACUCCCCAGCAGCCUCCCUCGCCGUUACCGGCAACCGCCUCCGCAACUUCGCCGCUCUCCUCGACCUGGACUUUGACUUCGAGCCGGUCCUCACCCCGCUCGCGGAGCUCACCGCUUCGACGUUCCGGGUCGAGCCGGGCGAGUCGGUGGCGGUCAACUCUAUGCUCCAGCUCAACACCCUCUUGGGCGACGCGACCGAUUUGGUCGAGCCGGUGCUCCGGCUCGCCAAAUCUCUCGGGCCGGCCGUGGUGACGCUGGGCGAGUACGAGGCGAACCUGAACCGGUUCGGGUUCGUGGAGCGGUUCGGUGCGGCGCUGGCUUGUUACGCGGCCGUGUUCGAGUCGCUCGAGCCGGGGAUGGACCGGGGGUCGGCGGAGCGGCUCCGGGUGGAGCGGCUCCUCCUGGGGCAUAGGAUCCGGGCGGCGGUGGGGCCGGGGAAGGUGCCGAACCGACAAGACGGGAUGGAGGGAAGAGAGGGAUGGACGGCUCUGAUGGGGCGAUGCGGCCUGGGUCCAUUAGCGGUCAGCAACUACGCGGUGAGCCAAGCGAAGCUUCUCCUCUGGAAUUAUGACUACAGCUCCAAGUACAGGGUCUUCGAAUUCCCGCCAGGGUUCAUCUCACUCGCCUGGAAGGACCGCCCCCUCCUCACGGUUUCCUCGUGGCACUGAUGAUGAAGUCGGUGUUUUUAGAGAGGAACAUUUUUGUUUCGUUCCCAAAUCUCUCACUUAUUUUCUUCUUCUUCUUCUUCGUCUUUCUUUUCUUUCUUUCUUCUUUUUUUGGUUUUGUUUUAUUAAAAGUGUUGAUAAUAUGUAUAUAUGUGCUUGUGUGAAAAAGUUAGUCUUGAUCGUGGGGGCAUCAUGGGAAGCCUCUACUGCUAAUUUAGUGGGGCUUCUAGCAAUGGGAAGCCACUACCGUCAGGAGUACAAGAGCUAAUCGCUUGUUGAUUUAGUGGUAAUGUUUUUGGGAUUUUGGUGGUUUUAGCAUGAAUGGUUAGAACUGUUCUGAUUGUAGAGAAGAAAGAAACCGUACAUCUAUUAUGAGUAGUGUUUUUGACUAUAUUCAUCUAAAGUCUGUGAGGUAUUAAAAGGUAAAGGAAGUGGAUGAAGAGUUCUAAUUACCUUUACUGGAACAAGAUUGCAAGGUGUCUUUUAGUUAUCGUACUAAUUAAUCUUUGAUUAGAGCUAAGCGCUUUUAAGCUGGGAAAAAGUGACAGUUGCUGGUUAGGGGGGAAAAAAAAAAAAAGGAGAUCUGGUGGGUGGUUUGUGGGCCCUUACAGCGCAAUUUAUGUAAUUUUAAGCCAACUUUUUGUACUCAAAAAGGAAAAAGAAAAAAAGCAAACAUCUUUUGAAUGGCCAAAGUAUGAUUAACUCAAGCACGAUGGGAAUAUAAUGGAGCCAUGGAGGCAGCUGUCGAGGACGUUCGACAGAAAAAUUUGUGGGAUUUAAAGAUAAGGCUUGUAGAGUAACGAAAAGGAAGGUUGCAGUGAUUAAUUCCGGUCUGCUAAACAAAUGCCAAGGUGGGAGGCCACUGUACUUGUGAUGUGAUCUUAUUAUAAAAGUGGAGAGUUCUGUUUCCUUCGGUCUUCAUUGAGCGGAUCAAGCCUGUAAGACAAAUACGACAAGCUUCUCUGGGGGAUUCUGUAAUAAA